AUGCCGGAGCCUUCCCACGGGGAGGAGGCCGCCAAGUGCCGCUGCCGGCCCGCGCGCUCCGCCGGCACCUGGGCGCACAACAUCUCCAUGGGCGUGAUGACCGCCGCCGUGGCGCUCUUCAUCCUUUUCUCCAUCGCCGCGUGCCUCCUCAUGACGCCGCUCGUGUCCGCCGCGCGCGCCUUACGCCGGCAGGCCAGGCGGUACGGCGCCUUCUUGCCUGUCGACCACCCGCGGCCGCGGCCGCGCCACACCGGCCUCGCGUCCGAGCAAAUCAGCCGCCUGCCCAGCUUCGAGUCGUCCCCGUUCGAUCGAAACUCGGCCUGCAUUGUCUGCCUCGAGGCGGCGCGCGGCGGCGAACGGUGGCGCGCGCUGCCCCCCUGCGGCCACGCGUUCCACACCGCCUGCAUCGACCCGUGGCUCCUCCUGUCGCCGGCGUGCCCUGUCUGUCGUGCUACUGUAGCUCUCCUCCCAAGAAGCGAAUCCCAGACGGGAGACGGCAUCGAGAAACAGCCUCUGUCCCUCUACUUCAGUCCACCUCAUGGUGGCUCCCAGCGCCAUCUUGGGAUGUAA